AUGCCCGAUGAACUUGCAUGUAAAUUGAAUAAAUCUAAAUCCCUGUUAGUGAUUGACUGUCGCUCUGCCUUUGCUUUUGAUACCAAGCAUAUUCAAGGUGCUGUUAGUGUGAGUUGUGGUGGGGUAUGCAAAAGGCGCUUACAGCAAGGCAAAGUGAGCCUUAUAGACUUAGUGACCAGUAAGGAAGGUCGGAAUAUGUAUAAAAAGAAAAGUAAUAAAGAUAUUAUCAUUUAUGAUGAUCAAACAACUGAUACGAGAGAAAAUCCAAAAGAUACUACUUUAAAUGUUGUCAUCAAUACUUUAUUCAGGGAGGGAAAGGAUCCAUUUGUUUUAAAAGGGGGUUUGAAAGCUUUUUGUAGUCGGCAUAGUGACUUGUGUUGUAGUACCAAAAAACAUGACUCAAUCCAUCCUUUAAUGAGUCCGAUUAGGUCUAUUUCACAACCAGCUAUAGACACGAUCAUUGCUUCUGAAGUAUUACCAUUUGUGUUUCUUGGGAACGAAAGGGAUGCGGCUAAUCUUGAGCGCCUCCAGUAUCAUAACAUCAGACAUGUUCUCAAUGUCACCUCCCAAGUGCCUCUCUAUUAUGAAAAACAAGGAAUUAAAUAUCGACGAAUUCCAGCCUCAGACAGUAGCCAACAGAACUUAAAGCAGUAUUUUGAAGAGGCCAUUGAAUUCAUUGAUGAUGCUCGUCAAAAUAAACGCCGUGUUCUCAUACAUUGUCAAGCUGGAGUGUCAAGAUCUGCCACCAUAACAAUUGCUUACAUAUUGAAACAUACCAAAAUGACCAUGACGGAUGUCUACAAAUUUGUGAAAGGCAAGCGCCCAAUAAUUUCACCAAAUUUCAAUUUCAUGGGACAACUUAUGGAAUAUGAACGAGACUUAAAUAGUGGAGAAGCAUUGCGUAUUUUACAACCUCGUUUACAGGGAAUUGAAAGUAUUGUGUGA